AUGAACGCCACCUUGACAACCACAGAUGAGCCGCCCCUAGAGCCGGGCCGGAGCUCCAGCGUCCCGCCAACCGAUGUCGGUGUUCUCAAAACCAGAGACCCUUCGGAUGGGAGUCGCCUUGAUCGCCCAAAGUCUCUGGGUGAAGCUCUGCGCGAGGCAGGCGCCUCGCUCGACAUGGCUGGUCCGGGGUCCGACACCCCUAGCGAGGAAGACUACGACGAAAAUGUUCGCCCGGCUUAUACUGGCAACCGACAGACCAAGGCUCAGCACCUUAUUUCCGGGACAGGGCACCAGGAGCGUCUUGCGAGACGAAAACCCUAUACUGAUGCUGAGGAAAAAGCCCUCUCGGCGCGCCUUCCAGCCAGCAGCCGGAUCUCUUUGGGGACUCUCGAGUACGCCGCUGACGACGGCGCUCUUCAAAACCUUCUCAAACGGACCUCGGAAUCGGCCUGGAGCUUCGAGGCCCCCGCGAAACGAAAGCACAGGUUUCGCGACCAUUCCUUCUCUCGUCAGUUCUCCGCGUUUGACCCGCACAACGCGGCCGCGGCAAACAGUCCGUUUCACGGAUUUUACACGCUGUUUUGGUUGGCGGUGGCGUUUGCCAUUUUGAAAAUCUCCGUGAACAACUGGAUCAAGUACGGGACGCCGCUGGGCUCCAACGAGAUCAUGCACACAAUGUUCCACCGCGAUGUGCUUGUGCUCUUGCUCUCGGACGGCAUCAUGUGCGGAUUGACCGGCGUCAGCUGGCUUGUACAGAGACUGGUCUACCACCGCAUCCUCGACUGGGAUCGCAGCGGAUGGAUCCUGCAAAGCGCAUGGCAGACUCUGUUCAUCGCCGGAGUUGUCGUCUGGACCCAUGUCCGUGAUUGGCCCUGGACUCAUACCGUCUACUUCGUCCUGCAGGGUAUCGUCAUGCUCAUGAAGCAGCACUCGUACGCCUUUUACAACGGUUACUUGUCAACCAUCUACUUUGAGCGUCUGUCGCUCUUGUCGACGCUCAAGCAACUCGAGCGCAUCCAUCCGUGCGAAAACCCGUCCUCGUCAGAGCCUCCGGUUUCCGCCUUGAGCACCUCGCAUCUUUGUGCGCCACCAUCAGCUGAGCAACGGCGGCACUCCUUAUCCCAUGUUCCCUGCCAUGAGGAGACAGAUAUCGACAGGAUUGCCAAAGCGGUCAAAGCCAAGGAACCUCUGGACGACGAGCAGAUCCGGACUUUUAGACGAAUCAUCAAAUGGGAAGUAGACGCCCUCGCAGACGAACUGCGCGGAACGGCCACGGACGCCGCCAAAUCAUACCCCAACAACCUAACAGUCGCAGAGCACUACCAGUGGAUCCCAUUACCGACCCUGGUGUAUGAGCUAGAAUAUCCUCGGUCAGACGCGAUCAGCUGGAGAUAUGUAGCCGAGAAGCUUGUUGCCAUGGUUGGCGUCCUGUUUGUGAUGAACCAACUAGCACAAUAUGCCAUAUACCCAGUGGUCAUGAGAACGGUUCAAAUGAAGGAGGAUGGACUGUCCCUGGGUGCUCGAUUCCAAGAAUUUCCGCUCCUGUUGCUGGAUCUCAUGUUUCCCUUCAUGAUGGAAUACCUGCUCGUGUGGUAUCUUAUCUGGGAGACAAUCCUCAACAUCCUCGGCGAGCUGACGCAUUUCGCCGACCGCAGCUUCUACGACUCCUGGUGGAAUAGUGUCUCAUGGGACCAGUUUGCCCGUGACUGGAACCGUCCAGUCCACGUCUUUCUGCUCCGUCAUGUCUAUCAUUCGUCCAUCUCCUCCAUGAAGGUCGACAAGCACACAGCCACCCUCGUCACCUUUUUCUUAUCCGCGUGCGUUCAUGAACUCGUCAUGUGGUGCCUGUUCAAGAAGCUUCGUGGAUAUCUGCUUGUUAUGCAAAUGUGCCAGCUGCCGCUCGUGCGACUCGGUCGAACAAAGUGGCUCAAAGGGCGCAAGACACUUGGAAAUACGCUGUUUUGGCUGGGGAUAUUUACAGGGCCGAGCUUGCUGUGCAGUCUAUACCUCAUUCUCUAA